AUGAUUCGCUUACCGCCCUCAGCACUUCAACUGGGUGUGAGUGACGUAAGAGAUUACGAGAAGCGACAACAGGCUAGGCGUAGAAAGAAAUGCAGCGAGACAAGCAGCAUCAGCUUCAGCAUUAAUAUCAAUAUCAGCGACCAGUUUUCUCGCAUUGGAAUUCGCGCGUCUAACGACGAUAAGGGGGGGACUGGCCGGGUCCCUCAAAGCCAAAGAAGCCGUCAUUCGAUGCCAGAAGGGAACGACUUCAGGAAGACGAUCACCCUCCCUACACCAAGCUCUACGGAUACUGUACCGGUCGAGGUAGUCUCCCCAGAUACAUCGAAUAGCCUUUGCUUGACUAGCGAUCUCGUGAUCCGGUCGCCCUCGCAAGCAUCAUCGACCAGCUCACAAGAAUUAUCCGUAAUAGAACUAGAGGGCGAUGAACAUGGCUAUGUGAAUGUAAGACUGGAUCAAUCUCCCGAGAACGCUCAUCAUGAUCUUCACAGAGUCUACUCACCAUCGAAGGAUGAUUUCUAUUACGGCGGUUUCAUUGAAACCCCUACCAGAAGUGUUGUGGAUGACACGACGCAGAGUCCCCUCACGCCCAACGAUGCUUCUACCACUCAACAACUACAGCCUCCCAGUUCGCAUAGGCUGCGUCCAAGAGCACUCCCUCGCUCGCCUCUGUUCCUGUCUCAGAAUGCAUCGACCUCUCCCGAACGUCGUCCGACUUCCAAUCUCACUCCGCAUGUUGCCUCCCGAGUAACUCAUCACCACACGCCAAGUAUCCUCUUUUCUCAACCCCCUAGGCGUCCACCUCGUCCUGGCGGGCCGACGAGCUCGACUCGUACACUCAGACACCAAACGAACAGUUUCUCGUUUGACUCGUCAGAGAGAUCGAGUGCGGCGUACGAACAAGAGCGCGUGGUUUCUAGCUCUAGUAAUGGCAUAGCUCGAGGAUCAGCCGAGGUCAACCUUCACGAUGAUCUGAGAGGAAGUUCCUUACAGAGCUCCAGAAACCCUUCCGCUGAAUCAUCCGGCUUUCCAGGAUCUCAUGAGAUACCGGACGAACAUGAAUCAACGGCUCUUCCAGGUGAUCCCGAUCAGAAGUUCGUCAACUACACCAGUCCGAGUCGGUUCUGGACAGCGGAAUCACAGUCCUCCCUCGGGCCGGACAAGAGAGCAGGCUCAGGGCCCAGAUUCGAGCCCACCAGUAUGAAAUCUUCCUACGAGCAUGCAGGCUCACCCCAAACAACCUCUCCUUCAGCCUCGCCAACACCGCGGCACGAACGAAGUCGUGAAGUAUCAGGCGAGCUGGGUCCUAUGACGCCGUCGCGAACAUACCAAAUUUAUAACGAUGCCUUGUCUCCCGAUAUACAGCCCCAAACCCCAGCAAACUUACCGGAAUCGAGACACCAAUCUCGAUACCAUCCCUCGUACACGGCACCAGUGACCCGGGCCGUGGCUAGACGUGGUGCCCCUAUCAACAACAGUGACGGGGAAGGUAUGGCUGGCAUCUACCGAAGACGCCAGGUGCCGUUCUAUACGCCUAUGCGAGGUGGCCGACCACCGUCGCCCAUUGGUUUGACGCAGGGGGGCUUCCAGGGCCUGUACGGAGGCAGAGAGAAUGGAGAUGAUGAACAGAGUUGGGUUGAUGGUGUGAGGUUCAAUAAUGCCGAGACUCGACUUUGGGGUGCCAGAGAUGCCCAGAAUGAGGGUGGCAAUUUGAGGUCGACGCCUGAGCCUGACGAGUGGCGAGUUGGACGCAGGAACUAA